AUGCCAAAUUUUGAUCAGGUUUUGCAUGAUGGCGAUCUGCCCAACUCAAUUACAUUUUUAGAAUUUACAAGGUUUAAUAAAAAAUUAUCACCCAAUUCAAUACCAUCAUCAGUAAAAAGACUAUGGCUUGGUGACUUUUAUGACCAUCCUCUUUGCAAUCUACCACAGAACCUCGAAGUAUUGGAAUUAGGCUUCUACUUUAGUUGUGAAAUAAGAGAAAACGAUAUUCCGCCAUCAGUUACAAAAAUAAUAAUCUAUCCAGACUAUCCUCACCCGAUUCCCCCACCUUUACUAAAAAUAAUAGAGUUUUUCGAUUAG